ACACCAGAACCAAAAUAAGGGGAAAGGUCCUCGGUAGAACUAGCUAUGUUUUUUUGCUUGAAAUUAAUUAAGGAAAAGGUCGCUAUGUUUCAGAAUCGUGAAUGUCUUUAAAAACAUGUCUCUUCACCCUCCCUCCUUUUUCUCUGCUCCUAGACCAGCUGCUAAGGCCACGACUAUUCAAGCACAGCAGCAGAUAAAUGAGCCUGCAAGACCUCCAACUGAAGAUGAAUUGGCUGCAUUGAAGAGAGAGAACAUUGCGCUGAAACAACGGCUAAGCUCCACUGCCGUGUCUGGGGGUGUGCUGGCCCCACCCACCAGCCCAGCCAUCCUGACUGCCGACCUGCUCCAGGUUGAGGCCCACCUCCAGAGCCGAGUACGACUGUUGGAGGGUGAGAGGAACGAGUUGGUACGAGAGUUGGAGAGAGGGAAGUUGUUGCUGAGUGAGAGGGAGGAGAGACAUGUUGCAGAGCAGGCGGAGAUUAGACUGGCCCACAAGGCAGCCAUCAGCAAGGUGCAGUUGGAGAAGGACAGAUUAGCGGAGGAGCACAACAGCUGUCAGGAGGAGAGUCGGAUGAGGAUUGAUACACUCCAGACACAACUCACCACCUCUCAACAAGAGUGUGGGGCUCAAGUGGAAGAGCUCAACACUGGACUAGAGCGACUGGAGCAAGCCAAUGCAGCUCUUACGUUGAGACUAGAGCAGGAGACAAGUACACACGAUGAACUGACCUCACAGCUUAGAGGGCAGCUGGUGGCAAGUGAGACAGAGAAACAAGCACUCAGUGAAGAACUAAAUGAGCAAAUUAAACACCUUCAGAGUGAGUUGGACCUCCGUUGCCAGAGAGUGAGCGAGCUAGAGUCAUACCUGGGUGGGGAAAUCCCGGUCGUAAGGGGAGAGGGACUGGGGAGGGGCGUAACCUGGAUAGAUGAACGGGAGACACUCUUCAAAACGCUUUCUGAACAAGAGAGUGGUUUGGAGAGGCUGACGUCUGAGAACAAGCUAGUCAAUAUUCGACUGUCCUCUCUCUCUGAGAUACUCUCCAUUCAAGAGGCUGAGGUGGCCAAGCAGGGGGCGGGCAUUGAUGGUGAUAACAAGGCUAGUAUGGUCAAGAGUCUCCUCACCCGCUGGAGAGAGAAAGUGUUUGUGUUGAUGCUGCAACAGAAACUGUGGCAAAUGGAGGAAUCAAAAAUGUCCAGGGAACACGAGAAAGAGAGGCUGUCCCUGUUGGACCAGAUUGCUUGUCUGGAGAGAGAGAGGGAGAGGCUCUCCCACACACUUACUGACAGGACAGCAGAGCUACAACUGGAGAUCAACAAAACAGAGGAUUUGACGAAAGGGCUUGAUAUUGCCCACACAACCAUAGACCACUUAAACGCCCAGCUCACAGACCAUGUCACUCAGGCCUGUCAUCUCAAAGCAGCUGCUCAAGAAAUGGCCGAACACUUUAACACACACAGGGGUGUCUUUGCUCAGGCCCUCACAAGAGCAGCUGGGCUAGACCAGAGACUCACCUUCGCUACUAGACGCAUAAGCUCUCUAUCAGCGUCUCUGUCUUGUAAACUGGCCAUGCUCCAUUCUCGUACAAAACCUUCCCCAUCAGCUACAGAGUUUGGAUGUCAGACUGAUACUACAGUGGAACCUGAUCAAACAGACCUAUCAAGUUUCUCUCGGGAGCAGCUAGAACGUGAAGUGAGGUCUCUUGUGGUUGAAAGGGACACUCUGGUGGCUCGGCUGAGGGAGAGCACACAGUCAUUCCAGCAACAGCUGGCAAGUCUCAACGAGACCAGUCAGUCCAGACUGUCUGUACUGGAGGGAGCUCUGGUGGAGGUCAGACAAGAAGGGGCAUCACUGGAGGAACAGCUGAGUGAGUUACAGACCCUCCAUGGCCGUGUGGAUGGUGAGAGACACUCACUUGGGGAGACAGUGGAGGAACUGAAUGCAGAGCUGAGAAGAACACAGGCCACUCUGGAAACUAGGGUGGAGACGGCCGUCCAGAAGCAGAGACAGGAGAGUAUGAGUGAGCUGGCUGAGAUGGAAGCUUUGGUCAAUGUAGCCAGGAGAGAGCAUGCGAAGGCAGUGGUUCAGCUGCAGCAGUUACAGAGGCAACUAGACAGAGAUAAACACAGGGCAGUGGAGGCCAUGGAGAUGAGCAAGGCCAAGCUGGAGCACGAGUUGGAGGCAUGCCGGAAGAAACUACACACAACACAAGUGGAGAGGAAUCUACUUAUGACUACUCUGAGGCAAGAAGGAAUUGUGCUACCAGGGAAGCAGCUGCCUGUACAAAGACAGUCUGAAGAAAGAGUGGACAACGAUGCUAACACCCAAGAUUCCCCUACUAUAAUCCAAUCACCUCAAGUUACUCAUGAACUUGCUCCACUUAGAGACAAUAUUUUAGAGACUACCGACUUUAGAACAGUUUUGAAAGACUUGCAAAUGCUCUCAGCAUCAUUACUAGAAAUGGACAAUGAAGAAACAGUGUAAAAUAAUACGUAUACAAAUGUACGUAUAAU